CAGGGUUACAAGGGGUUACGGAGGGUUACAGGGGGUUGCAAGGGGUUACAGGGGUUACAAGGGGUUAAAAGGGGUUACAGGGGGUUACAAGAGGUUACAAGGGGUCACAAGAAGACUUGCUUUCUAACUAGAUUGUCCACAGAUUCUUUUCCCUCGUCUAUAUGCAUAAAAAUCAAAGUUGAAGAAAUCUCAAAUUUUUGACAAAAACUAUGGACUAGCCCUUUGGGAAAAUUCUAAUUUUACGGUUUUCACAAUCUUUAAAUGCUUCUUUUCUAGCUAGAACGUCAGCAAACACUUUUUCUCGAUCUAAAAUCUUCAACUUUUUUACUAAUAUCAUGGACUAUCUCCUUUGGAAAAAUGCCAAUUUUUCGUUUUCUUACAUCCAUGUUUCUAUUGUCUGGAAAGGCUUGUUUUCUAAUGAAAAGGUCACCAAAUACUCCUUCUCGGUGUAUUUUGAUUGAAACGAAACGUUAAAAAACUUACAUAUUUUUCACCAAAACCAUAGACUAACCCUUUUGGAAAAAGGCGAAUUUUAUGGGUUUUUAAAAGGGAUGUUUUCAUAGUACAGAAAGGCUUGUUUGCUAUAUAAAACGUCAAAAAUCGCUUUUUUACGAUUGAUUUUCACGAUCUAUUACAUGGGGAUACGCGGGGUUACAAGGGCACACAGGAGGUUACAAAGAAUUAAAGAGGACUUGUUUGCUAACUAGAACUUCCCCCGAUACUUUUUCUUGGUCUAUUUUGCAUAAAAAUCAAAGUUGGAGAAAUCUCAAGUUUUUGACAAAAAGGAUGCACCUUUUAUAAACAGAUGUUCUUAUAGUUUUCAGAGAGUUCUUUCCUAUCUAGAACGUCAGGAAACGCUUCUUCUCCUUCUAUUUUUGAUAAACAUAAAAGAUUAAAAACCGUCAACUUCUUGACAAAAAUCAUGGACUCUCCCCUUUGGAAAAAUGCCAUUUUUGCGUUUUUUAAAAUCCAUGUUUCUAUUAUGUAGAAAGGCUUGUUUUCUAACGAGAACGUCGCCAAAUACUUUUUCUCGGGGUAUUUUGCAUAAAAGGAAGUGUUAACAAAAAUUUCAAAUUUUUGACCAAAACCAUGAACUAACCCCUUAAAAAAAAAUCAAAUUUUGUGGGGUUUUGAAGCCGAUGUUUUCAUAGUCCAGACAGGCUUGUUUGCUAUAUAAAACGUCGAAAAUCGAUUUUUCACGAUUUAUUUUUACGAUACAUUACACGGGGAUACACAGGACUACAAGGGGUUGCAGAGAGUUACAGGGGUUACAAGGGGUUACCGGGGGUUACAAGGGGUUACAAAAGGUUACAGGGGGUUACAAGAGGUUACAAGGGGUUACAAGUGGUCACACCAAGACUUGUUUUCUAAGUAGAACGUUCACAAAUUAUUUUUCCUUUUCUAUUCUGUAUAAAAUCAAAGUUGCAGAAAUCUCAAGUUCUUGAGAAAAACGAUCGACUAACCCUUUUAAGACAAAUUGUAAUUUUCCGGUUUUCAUAAAAACAAGUUCUUUCAUUCUUUAAACCCUUCUUUUCUAUCCAGAACGACAGCAAACACUUUUUCUCGAUCUAAUUUUGAUAAACGCAAUACGUAAAAAAACUUUAAGUCUUUGAUCAAAAUCAUGCACUAUCCCCUUUGGAAAAAUGGCAAUUAUGCAUUUUUUAAAAUCCAUGCUCCUAUUGUCUAGAAAGGCUUGUGUUGUAACGAGAACGUUACCAAAUCCUCUUUCUCGUUGUAUUUUGAUUAAAACGAAACGUUAACAAAAUUUCAAAAUUUUGACCAAACUCAUGCACCAUCCCCUUUGGAAAAAUGCCAUUUUUGCAUUUUUUAAAAUCCAUGUUUCCAUUAUCUAGAAAGGCUUGUUUUCUAACGAGAACGUCACCAAAUACCUUCACUCGGGGUAUUUUUCAUAAAACGGAAUGUUAACAAAACUGUCAAAUUUUUGACCAUAACCAUGGACUAACCUCUUGAAAAAAAUUCAAAUUUUGUGGGUUUUUGAAGCCGAUGUUUUCACAGUCCAGAAAGGCUUCUUGGUAUAUAAAAAGACGAAAAUCGAUUUUUCACGAUUUAUUUUCACGAUAUAUUACAUGGGGAUACACAGAGUUACAAGGGGUUACGGAGGGUUAUGGGGGGUUACAAGGGGUGACAAGGGGUUACAAGGGGUCACACGGAGACUUGUUUUCUAAUUAGAACGUCAACAGAUUCUUUUUCCUUGUCUAUUUUGCAUAAAAAUCAAGGUUGAAGAAAUGUCAAGUUUUUGACAAAAACGAUUUACUUAACCCCUUUGGAAAAAUUCUUAUUUUGCGGUUUUCAUAAAAAGAUCUUCUUUCAGUCUUUAAAUACUUUUUUUUUCUAUCUGAAACGUCAGCAAACACUUUUUUCGAUCUAUUUUUGAUAAACACAAUCCAUGAAAAGCCUUCAAUUGUUUUUUUACCAAAAUCAUGCACUAUUCCCUUUGGAAAAAUGCCAUUUUUGCGUUUUCUAAAAUCAAUGUUUCUGUUGUCUAGAAAGGCCUCUUUUCUAACGAGAACGUCACCAAAUUCUUUAUCUCGGGGUAUUUUCAUAAAACGAAAUGUUAACAAAAUUUCCAAUUUUUGACCAACACCAUGGACUAACCCCUUGAAAAAAUUCAACUUUUGUGGGUUUUUGAAAUCGAUGUCCUCAUAGUCCAGAAAGGCUUGUUUACUAUAUAAAACGACGAAAAUCGAUUUCUCACGAUUUACAGAGGGUUAUAGGUGUUACAGAGGGUUAUAGGGGUUACAAGUGGUUGCAAGGGGUCAUACGAAGGCUUGUUUUUAAUUAGAAAGUCCAAAGAUUCUUUUUCCUUGUCUAUUUUGCAUAAACUAACCCGUUUGGAAAAAUUCUUAUUUUGCGGUUUUCAUAAAAAAAUGUUUUUUUUAGUCUUUAAACGCUUCUUAUUUAUCUAGAACGUCAACAAACACGUUUUCUCGAUCUAUUUUUGAUAAACAAAAUACAUAAAAAAAUUAACUUUUGGACCAAAAUCAUGUACUAUCGCCUUUGAAAAAAUGCCAAUUGGCAUUUUCUUUAAUCCAUGUUUCUAUUGUCUAGAAAGGCUUGUUUUCUGACAAGAACGUCACCAAAUACUUUUUCUCGGGGUAUUUUGCACAAAACGAAAAGUUAAAAAAAUUACAUAUUUUUGACUGAAACCAUGGAGUAUUCCCUUGGAAAAGUGCGAAUUUUGUGGGUUAUUAAAAGCGAUGUUUUCAUAAUCCAGAAAGGCUUGUUUGCUAUAUAAAACGUCGAAAAUCGAUUUUUUGACGAUUGACUUUCACGAUCUAUUACAUGGGGAUACAGGGGGUUACAAGAGGUCACAAGGGGUUACAGAGGGUGACAGAGGAUUACAGAGGACCUGUUUUCUAACUAGAACGUCCCGAGAUACUUUUAAAUUACGAGGGGUUACAAGGGUUACAGGGGAUUACAGGGCGUUACAAGGGGUUACAUGGGGUUACAAAAAGUUACAAGGGGUUACAGGGGGUUACAGAGGGUUACAAGGGCUUACAGGGGGUUACAAAAAGUUACAGGGGGCUUACAGAGGAUAAGAGAAGACUUGCUUUUCUAACUAGCACGUCCCCAGAUACUUUUUCUUCGUCUAUUUUGCACAAAAUAAGUCUCAAAUUUUUGACAAAAAGGAUGCAAUAACCCCCUUGGAAAAACUCUAAUGUUGCGUUUUUCCUAACCAGAUUUUCCUAUAGUCUUUAAAGGCUUCUUUUCUAUCUAGAAUGUCAGCAAACACGUUUUCUCGAUCUGUUUGUGAAAAAAAACAAUGCAUAAAAAAACUCCCAGUUUUUGACCAGAAUCUAUCACUAUCCCCUUUGGAAAAAGGUCAAUUUGCGUUUUGAAAUUCUUAAAUCCACGUUUCUAUUGUUUAGAAAGGCUUGUUUUCUAACGAGAACGUCACCAAAUACUUUUUCUGGGUGUAUUUUUCAUAAAACGAAACGUUAACAAAAUUUCACAUUUUUGACCAAAGCCAUGGACUAACCCCUUUGGAAUAAUGUGAAUUUUGUGGGUUUUUAAAAGCGAUAUUUUCAUAGGGAUUACAAGAGGUUACAGGAGGUUACAACUGGUUACAAGGGGUUUUCUAACUAGACCUUCCACAGAUUCUUUUUUCUUGUUUAUAUUGCAUAAAAAUCAAAGUUGAAGAAAUCUCACGUUUUUAACAAAAAGGAUGCUCUUUGAGCCCUUUGAGAAAAAGUCUAAUUUUGCGCUUUUUAUAAACAGAUGUUCUCAUGGUUUUCAGAGGCUUGUUCACUAUUUAAAACGUCAGAAAACGCUUUUUCUCCAUUUCUGUUUGAUAAACUCAAAAGAUAAUAAAAUCGCCACUUUUUGACCAAAAUCAUGGACUAUCCCCGUUGGAAAAAUGCCAGUUUUCGUUUUUUUAAAGCCAUAUUUCUAUUGUCUAGAAAGGCUUGUUUUCUAACAAGAACGUCACCAAAUACUUUUUCUCGGGGUAUUUUGCAUAAAACGAAACGUUGAAAAAAAUUACAUAUCUUUGACUGAAACCAUGGAGUAUUCCCUUGGAAAAGUGCGAAUUUUGUGGGUUAUUGAAAGCGAUUUUUCAUAGCCCAGAAAGGCUUGUUUGCUAUAUAAAACGUGGAAAAUGUUUUUUUUACUGUUUAUUUUCACGAUCUAUUCCAUGGGGAUACAAAGAUUACAAGGGGUGACAAGGGUUUACAGGGGAUUACAAAAAGUCACAGGGGGUUACAGAGGGUAACAAGGGGUUACAAUAAGUUACAGAGGGUUAGAGAGAAGUACAGAAGACUUGCUUUUCUAACUAGCACGUUCCCAGAUACUUUUUCUUCGUCUAUUAUGCACAAAACUUAAAGUUAAAGAAAUCACGAUCUAUCACAUUAGGAUACAGGGGGUUACCAGGGAUUACAUGACGGUUACAGGGGGGGUUUACAGAGGACUUAUUUUCUAACUAGAACGUCCCGAGAUACUUUUCCUUGGUCUAUUUAAGAGCGACGGUCAGGAAAUAUCGACCAUUGAGUGGCAAGAGUUGAAAAAUCGAUUUCCUUCAUUUUUUGCCCAUAAAGAGCUUUUAGGUGGAUAAGUAAUCUGACGUAAGUUGUUCUCGCAAAAAGCCUUUUAUUUUCGAGAAAAGUAAGAAUAUCAGUUUUCAGGACUUGUCUCACUCUUCCAAAUUUGGGACUUUUGUGGGUAUUCUUUAAAUACCCUAAAAUAUCCAAAAAUGGGAAUCCGUUAUUUUUUCCUGUGAAUUGACCCAGUUUCACCUUUUUACCCCACUCUUUGAUUGAAAAACGGAACUUUGCAAUGGGAAAACCUACAAGAAGUACGAAAAACGAGCCUUUACGCUGUAAAUAUCUACUUUUGUGCGUUUCGAAAUUGGAAGUGUUUACACAUUUAUACCGCCGGCCCAUCAUGAAAAUUCCUGAACUCCGAUGGUGUCUUACAGAGAUUUCCUUCAAUAACCCAAGUAAAUUCCCAGGUAUGUUUUAAAUGAAUAUCUAAAUGUGUGUUUUAAAUACCAUGAAGAGAGUUUGGAGUUAUACCACACGUUAAAUAUUGCCUUCGAAAAUGAGUAACGAACUUAAGUUUUUGUUAUCCUGAAAACCUAUCCCUCAUUUUUCAAUUAUUUCAGUACGACGAGCUUCGCCAUUGCCCUGAAAGUAUCUUUUAGCGGAAGAAAAAGAAUUUCUCUGUCCAAAUUUCUCCAUGCGGCUUCGUUUGCGAACGCGAGGAAAGUUAAUGUUAGCGAAUUUCAGGUCAAAAACUUAGGCAGUGUGAGACUCUGACAUCGAAAACCGAUCUUCUUAUUUUUCUCACAUAUAAAAGGCUUUUGGCAGGAACAAUCUAGUUUAGGUUUCUUAUCUACCUAAAAGCUAUCUGUGAACAAAAAAUGAAAGAAAUUGAUUUUGGUAGAUUUUUCCCGCCCGUCGCUCUUAAUUUGCAUAAAAAUUAAAGUUGAGGAAAUCUCAAGUUUUUGACAAAAAGGAUGCACUAACCCUUUUGGAAAAACUCUAAUUUUGCGUUUUUUAUAAAGAGAUGUUCUUAUAAUCUAUAAAGGCUUCUUUUCUAUCUAGAACGUCAGAAAACACUUUUUCUUGAUCUAUUUUUGAUAAACACAAAAGAUUAAACAACUUCAACUUUAUCUAUUACAUGGGGAUACACAAGUUUACAAGGGCUUGCAAGGGGUUACUGAAGGUUAUAGAGGGUCACAAAAGGGUAAAAGGCGGUUACAAGGGGCUACAAGAAAUUACAAGGGGUUACAAACGAUUACAGAAGACUUCUUUUCUAACUAGAAUUUCCCCGGAUACCUUUUCUUGGUCUAUUUUGCAUAAAAAUCAAAGUUGAAGAAAUCUCAAGUUUUGACAAAAAGGAUGCACUAACCCCUUUGGAAAAAGUCUAAUAUGGCGCUUUUUAUAUGCCGAUUUUCUUAUAGUCUUCAGAGACUUGUUUCCUAUCUAGAACGUCAGAAAACGCUUUUUCUCCAUCUAUUUUUGAUAAACACAAAACAUUAAAAAACCUCAACUUUUUUAGCAAAAUCAUGGAUUGGAAAAAUGCCAAUUUGUGUCUUUUUAAAUCCAUAUUUCUACUGUCUAUAAAGGUUUCUUCUAUCGAGAACGUCACCAAAUAGAUUUUCUUGGUGUAUUUGCAUAAAAGAGAAGGUUAGUAAAAAUUUCAAAUUUUUGACCAAAGCCAUUGUCUAACCCCUUGAUUUUGACGAUCUAUUACAUGGGGAUACAGGGGGUUACAAGGGUUACAGGGGUUUAGAGGGAAUUACAUGAGGUUACAGGGCGUUAGAAAGGAUUACAAUGGACUUGUUUUCUAUAAACUAGAACGUCCCGAGAUACUUUUUCUUGGUCUAUUUUGCAUAAAAAUCAAAUCAGGUUGGCUUAACGAACGUUAACAAAAAGUUGAAAAUGGCUUAAGAACGUUAACAAAAUUUCAAAUUUUUUGCGAAAACUAUGGACUAACUCCUUUUGAAUAAUGCGAAUUUUGUGGGUUUUUAACAGCGAUGUUUUCAUAGACCAGAAAGGCUUGUUUGCUAUAUAAAAGGUGGAAAAUCGUUUUUCUACUAUUGAUUUUCACGAUCUAUUACAUGGGGAUACAGGGCAUUACAGGGGGUUACAGGGGAUUGCAAGGGGUUACAGGGUGUUACAAGGCGUUACAAGGGGUAACAGGAUUACAGAAGACUUGUUUUCUAACUAGAACGUCUCCAGAUACUUUUUCUUGUUGUAUUGUGCAUAAACGAAUCAAAGUUGAAGAAUUCUCAAAUUUUUGACAAAAAGGAUGCAUUAACCCCUUUGGAAAAACUCUAAUUUUGCGUUUUUGAUGAACAGAUGUUCUUAUAGUCUUUUAAGGCUUCUUUUCUAUCUACAACGUCAGCAAACACUUUUUCUCGAUCUAUUUUUGAUAAACACAAUACAUAAAAAAAACUUUAAAUUUUUGAGCAAAAUCAUGCACCAUCCCCUUUGGAAAAAUGCAAAUUUUGUGUUUUUUUAAAAUCCAUGUUUUUUUUUGUCUAGAAAGGCUUGUUUUCUAACGAGAACGUCGCCAAAUACGUUUUCUCGGUGUAUUUUGCAUAAAAUGAAACGUUAACAAAAUUUCAAUUUUUUGACCAAAACCAUGGACUAGCCCCUUUGGAAAAAUGCAAAUUUUGUGGGUUUUUGAAAGCGAUGAUAUCAUAGUCCAGACAGGGGUGCUUGUUAUAUAAAACGGUGAAAAUCGUUUUUUUACGAUUGAUUUUCAUGAUCUAUUACAUAGGGAUACAGGGGAUUACAAGGGGUUACAGGGGCUUACAUGGGGAUACACUGGGUUACAGGGGGUUACAAACGAUUAA